AUGGCUAAGAUUCGUCAAGAAAUCAACACAAACCUGUCUCCAAGAACCAAGGCAGAUGUUUUUAACUCUGAUGAUGGUUCUGAUUCAUUCAAUCCCCAGGAGUUGAAGAAGUUGGUGUAUCUACAUGGCGCGAUUUGCGAAGCCCUCAGGCUCUAUCCACCUCUUCCCUUCCAACACAAGUCUCCUACUAAACCGGACGUUCUUCCAAGCGGACACAAAGUCGAAGCAAACUCGAAGAUUUUGUUCUCUCUCUACUCAUUAGGGAGAAUGAAAUCGGUUUGGGGAGAAGAUGCGUUGGAAUUCAAACCGGAGAGAUGGAUUUCUAAGAAUGGAACGUUGGUACAUGAGCCAUCUUAUAAGUUCUUGUCAUUUAACGCCGGUCCAAGAACUUGUUUGGGGAAAGAAGUGGCUAUGAUGCAAAUGAAGACAGUGGCUGUGAAAAUCAUACAAAGCUAUGAAGUUAAGGUCGCUGAAGGGCACAAGAUCGAGCCAGCUCCUUCCGUUAUUCUCCACAUGAAGCAUGGUCUCAAAGUUACGGUUUCUAAGAUAUGUUUGGUCUGA